UCAGUGAUGGCGGCUUCGUUUCCUUCUGUCUCCGAAAGUAAUAACAAAUGGUACUACACGCGACAGCAGAUCGACAACAACCCAUCGCGACGAGCAGGACUCGACCCAGACAAGGAGCUGUCGUACAGACAACAAGCGGCGAACCUUCUGCAGGACAUGGGACAGCGACUCAAUGUGUCCCAGCUCACUAUCAACACUGCUAUUGUCUACAUGCAUCGAUUCUACAUGGUCCAGUCCUUCACGAGAUUCCACAGAAACGUCAUCGCUCCUGCUGCGCUCUUCCUUGCUGCAAAGGUUGAGGAGCAGCCACGGAAGCUGGAGCAUGUCAUCAAGGUGGCCCAUGCAUGUCUCAACCCUCAGGAGCCGUCGCCAGACACGCGCAGUGAUGCUUACCUGCAACAAGCCCAAGACCUGGUCAUUCUUGAGAGCAUAAUACUCCAGACCCUGGCUUUCGAGAUCACGAUCGACCAUCCUCACACUCACGUGGUGAAGUGCACGCAGCUUGUCAGAGCCAGUAAAGAUUUGGCGCAGACGUCAUAUUUCAUGGCCACCAACAGUCUGCACCUGACCACCUUCUGCCUGCAGUACAGUCCUCCUGUUGUGGCCUGCGUCUGCAUCCAUCUGGCCUGCAAGUGGUCCAACUGGGAGAUCCCUGUGUCCACGGACGGCAAACACUGGUGGGAGUAUGUGGAUCCCGCCGUCACCCUCAAGCUGCUGGAUGAGCUCACACAUGAGUUCCUCCAGAUUUUGGAGAAAACACCAAGCCGAUUGAAACGGAUUCGAAACUGGAAGGCUGGAGGACAAACUCCUAAAGUCAAGCCCAAGGUUCUGGAGGAGGGUGACCAGAGAGAUGCCAUGAUGAGCAUGAUCUCCAUGGCCUCGUCAGAGAGCACUGUCGCUGGACUGAUGAGCCUCUCUGCACCGCCCGCUGCUUCAGCGUCUGCAGGUGACAAGGACAGGAGUGCACCUGGCAGCGCCCACACCUGGAGCGGGAAGGUCUCGGCGCCGUCCGACGCUCAGCAGCACAACAACGAGAUCCACACUCCUGCCAAGGUGUCUCUCAGCGAGUACCGCGUGAAGAAUGCAGACGCCAUCGCGGCGCAGAAGAGGAAGUUGGAGAACAUGGAAGCCAGUGUGAAGAGGGAGUAUGCAAACGCUGCCCAGGCUCUCAUCAGCCAACAGCCACGGAAGGAGAAGCAGCCACAUCACCACCAGCAGUCCAGCCUCUCAGCCAAUGACACGUCCAACCCUUCCCCCAUCAUCCUGAAAAUACCCCUGGAGAAGGAGCGCCAUGACCGCAGCUCUUUGAAGAUGAGGUUCCCUGUAGCUGGGGGUGGCAGCGGCGGACACGGUGGCGCUGCUCGGGGGCAGGACCAGGACAUGAAGGUGCGAAUACGAGUGCCAGAGAAGCAGAGAGGGAGUUCAGGGGAGGAGGGCAAGAGCAGGGACAAGCACCGGGAACGGUCCAACCACCACCACCACCAUCAUCAUCACCAUCACCACCACCACACCUCCUCUGGCAGUGCCUCAGUCUCGUCACAUAAAUCCACGUCCAGUGGAGCGUCAGUCGGAAGCAUCAAAAAAGUCCCCAGCGACUCCUCGCGAACAAGCUCCGCCUCCGUGGCUUCGCGCAAGAGGACGCACUCGCAGGAUGCACCAGGGGGCUCUCACCCCUCUGCCAAGGUCAGCAAGUCCCGACACCCCUUCCAACUGCCGUCCCUGUCUUCCUCCUCUGCCGGACCCCCGACAGACCUUCUCCCUGCUCUGGGUCACGCCCACUCCAAAGGUGACAAGAUGGACACGAACGGCCACGGCACGGCAGCCGGCCAGUCAAACGAGUACCAGGACACUUUUGAAAUGUUGAACUCUCUUCUGAGCGCCCAAGGAGUCCAGCCCACUCAGCCACCCAUGUUCGACUACAGGUCGCAAUACGGGGACUACAGGUACAGCGGCGCCUCCCGAGGGGGCAGCAUCCGACCUCCGCCGCUGCCUUCAGAACCUCCUCCUCCUCUGCCACCACUGCCAAAAUGAUGUAGCAAGCCGGCCCUCGGACUUUGUAAAAAGAUCCUUUGUAAAUUUUAUAAACCUUUCCGUGACCGCAGCGGAGUGGAUCCCCAUAUUUUAUACUUUGGGGACGGAGCCGGACGUCAUAAAAGACCUACAGAGCUUUUACAUUGUGAAGAUCAUAUUGCUGAGACAUUGUUUAUAGGAUUGAAUACUUCUACUCUACUGCAACAAAUGUAAUGCCUGGACCUUUGAUUUGGAGUAGACAAUGAAGUGAAGCAUAUUUAUUAGAAUUGACUACAGUUGGAAAAGAAUGAUGCCCCGCCCCUUUUGGUUUUUGGAAAGGGAUUUUUCUGUCUUACCAUUCAGAGUGAGCAUCUCCUGAGACAGCUCUGUUUUUAAACAUGACCCAAGGGAUUUUAUUGUUGUUCAUUUGGUGCAAGUACAAAGGAUUGUAAAAUAUUGAAAUUAUUUUUACAUUGUUUUCCUAUGGAAUGUGCAAAAAAAAAGUCAAAUAACUGAGACGUGCAUUUGUUUUUAUGUCAUUUUAUGAACUGCAGUCAUUGUUUUAAAUGGUUGUAAAAUAGUGUAUUUUGUCGGCUCCAACAUUGACACUACUGGGCUGCUGUCUCGCAAACACAUUAUCCUCCCACUGCCACCAAGAAAAUCUGCCCUCAGCUUUCUUUCCUGCGCCACUACCAUGAAAUCAUACAGAUGAAGACAGUUACUGGAAACAUUUGUCAACACAAUCUGGAGGAGCUGCUGCUAGUUGUCAUAUGUUGUUUUAGCAAGACUUCAAGUCAGUGUCGAACAUCCUUCUUGAGUUGGUUAUUGCCAGGAGCCUCCACACCAGGGCUACAAGCGCAAGCCGUGUGUUGAGCUCGAGCUUAUCCAAGAACGUCAAUGAGCAAAUCAGUGACCACCUGUGAAUUUGAACUGUCUACGGCUUGUUUUUUAAUUUUUAUUUUCAUUUUUUUGUUGCUCUGACCCAGAUUUUCUUUGCUAUUACUUAAAAGUUGGUGUAAUGUAACCAUUUGCUUCAGGUUGUUCACCAUAAUGCAGUACUAUAAACCUGCCAUGCAAGCGUGUACGUCAGUGCUCAGGCAAUAGUAUCUUGGUUUUCAAACACAUACAUGCACUGAAUAUUUAUCUCUGGAUGUUUUAUCUUUAGAAUAGUAUGGGAGAAAUCUGAUGUAUCAUUGCCAUAAAAAUACGUUUUUUUCUAUUUUUUUAUCUGGACAAACUUUCCACUUGAAGUAUUAACUCGAUACUGUGAGUCAUGCAGACAACAUUUCAAAAAUGAUUCGUAAGGAAAGACACUCGUGCAACCUUGCAAUGCAAAAUUCGAGUCAGUUUCAUGGGUUUUCAUGUCUUGGUGUUAAACGGGACGCUCAGGUCUAAAAUGGAAACUUUAUUUUUCGUUUGAAUGGAACGAUGUGAGCUGUUAUUUUUUAAAUGUUUCCUUAUCCCCUGUUUAAGUCAAUAAAUACUUUGAAGGAAAGAAAACGGCCAUUGUCCUUUAGAUUACAUUUUGCUGUUCGGAUGUUGGGACAUCACAAACGUUUGGUGAAGUGCUGAAGAUUGACUGAAACCCACUGCCCUGGAAGAGGUCACAGGUCUGUACACUCAGGUCAAACCAUAUCAACUGUGUUAUCUGCACCCAUGAACUAUUUAUCCCCUAUUGAGGAUUGUGUCGUGACUCAUAAUUUGAAUGUAAAUGUUCAUUACACCUGUUUAAAAUGAAUUAAUAAAUAAAUAUAUACAUAAGUGGGGAUUUGAACCAGUGUUUUUCAAAACGACACUAUAAAAGAAUAUGUUGUCCGAGGUCUCGGAACAUUAUUUGGUGACAAUCCUG